GCCAGCAUCCCCAAACACGCCAAGUAAACUAAUUCAGAUAAUCUAAAUAACUUCGACCUUUGCUGGCCACGACAUCAGUAGAAUGGCGCUGCCGAAUGUACAAUUGACAUUAAAGCUCUUUUGCUGUUAGUUCCUACUGUCGCUCUGACCAAACGAAGCUUCCUUUUAAUGUUCCAUUAUCUGCUGCCAUCAAAAAACCAAUUCUGUCAGCAGCAGCAGUUACACCUACUGCUGCUCGUGGUACUGCCAAUAAUUUUGUCACUGCUGAUAAUGACAAAAAUAACACAACCGCAAUGUCUUUCAGUAGACUCAUCAAAUACUAUCACCAAUGAAAGUGAUAAAUGUAGUGACAUCAGCUCAGAUGAUGAAGAGAGGGACGGUGACAAUCUCAAUAAGUUCCAUUCAACGAGAUCUGUUGCAUGCAUUGAUGAGAAUGUUGGUGCCUGAUGCUAGUACUGGUGCUGAAUCAAAUAUGGACCAUCGCGCCGCAACCAACGAAGUCUGCCA